AUGGGAUCCAAUAAUCUGGAUCUAGAGCAGAAGGUCUUCACUGAAACUUCCGCCGCUCAACAUGACGGCAUUGUGACCUCUCCCAAAACAUCUGAUUCUGUGGCAGAGAAAGAGCCUGAGCCUGACCUAACGUAUGAUACGGGGCUCAAGACAUGGCUACAAGUACUGGGCUCGUUCUUCCUCUUCUUCAACUCAUGGGGCGUCAUCAAUACCUGGGGUGCAUAUCAAACAUAUUAUGAGCAGGAACUGCUCGUUGGUACUUCGUCAUCCACCAUUGCCUGGAUUGGAUCGCUGCAAUCGUUCCUGUUGAUGAUGAUCGGAGUCAUUACAGGCCCGCUGUUCGAUGCAGGCUACUUCCGAGCCCUCAUAAGCUUUGCCGCUUUUCUUCUACCAUUUGGCUUGAUGAUGACCAGUCUGGCCACCAAAUAUUGGCAGCUGAUCCUUUCUCAAGGUGUCUGUGUCGGUCUAGCAGCAGGCUGUCUUUUCGUUCCAUCCGUUGCUAUCCUGCCGCAGUACUUCCGAAAGAAGAAAGGUCUGGCUAAUGGUCUGGCUGCCAGUGGCAGCAGUAUCGGUGGUGUUGUCUACCCGAUCAUGUUUGACCAGUUGCAAAAGAAGGUCGGCUUUGCCUGGGCCACCCGGGCUCUGGGAUUUGUCUGCUUCGGAACGAUUUGCAUUUCCGUUAGCAUUAUGCGUGCACGGUUCCAGCCAAAGGAGAAGCGCAAGCUUUGGCAGCUUUCUUCCUUUAAAGAACCCGCAUUUACCAUAUUUGCUGUUGCCAUGUUUAUGGGCUUCCUGGGAUUUUAUAACUUCCUUUUCUACGUGCAGUCGUACGCAAUUCAGACUGGGAUUGUCGACUCGAAUCUGGGAUUCUAUCUCCUGUCCAUGCUGAACGCUGCCUCGACGUGCGGCCGUAUAGGCCCCAAUUUCCUCGCUGACCACGUUGGGCCUCUGAACAUGCUCACCCCCGCAGUGACCAUCACCGCUAUUCUUGCUUUCGUCUGGAUUCGUGUCCACACUGUGCCUGGCAUCAUCAUUCUGACCGUGUUCUACGGCUUCUUCUCUGGGGGCUUUGUGUCUCUGCCCCCUGUCGUGAUGGCUGCCAUGACUUCCGACGUUCGCAAUUUAGGCACACGCAUGGGCAUGGUCUUUGCUGUGACUUCCAUCGGUCUGCUGAUCGGUACACCCAUUGGCGGUGCAAUCCUGAGCGACACAAACGAGUAUCUCGGAGUGCAACUCUUUACAGCUUGCUGUCUGACCACGUCUGCAUGCCUCUUUACAACCGUACGGUUCUUGCGCUCGGGUCCCAAUCUUCGUUUCAAAACCUAG